UCAAUCAACUACAGUCGAUUCAAUUGUUCAACUCGGCUCAUCUCACAAAUAAUUCGUCAAAAUGUUCCGCUUGGUGAUGUUGUCUACUGUCCUUACCGUUGCCGUUGCAGGUGCAUCUUGGGUUGCUCCGGCACCACAUGCACACGAACAUUAUGCCGCUGUCCCGACUGUUGUGGCCCAAAAGGAAAUCGCUUACCAGAAAAACAUCGUAGAAGAACCAACGAUCACCCACAUUGGAAACAUUGAAAAGAAAAUCCCAACCGGGUACUCGUACCAGAAAUUCACCCAGUACCACAACAAGAAGGUCGCCCAGGAAGUGUACGCGCCCGCCGUCAAGAAAACUGUUGUCGAAACUCCAAUUGAGAAAACAGUUUAUCAUACCGCCCCCGUUGCCAGCCCAGUCGUCGGUUAUGCCGUGAAACCCGAUAUCGUUGAAGCAGUUCCAGCUUUGCCGUAUGCUCCAUUGGCCGCCCCAGUAUGGAGUUACGCGGCUCCAAUCGCCGCCAAGACUGUUGCUUACGCUCAUGCUGCUGCUCCGGUUCUGGCGUACGCUCCUGUCUUUGAAGCUCCUCUGGCUAAAUCUGUUUAUGUUCACGCUCAACCGGCUGUGUACGAUGUCCCAGCUCUGCAUGGUAAAUAUUAGACCCUUGGCUUGAGAAUGAUUAAAGCCAUCCUGUGAUUAUUAUUUUUGUUCAUCUUUGCGGAGUGUUAUAUAA